AUGGGAGCCUGCUGUGUGACCAAAAAACACAUAAACAUUGAAAAAUUUAUCUCUAACAAAUUAAUCGAAGCCAUUGAAAGAAACUCCGCAGAUAAGGUCCGUCAAAUUCUGGAGAGAUAUUCAAAAACGAACAUUUAUUACAAGGAUCCGACCAUUAUGAUCGACGACCCUGUCAUUAAAAUCCACCAAGUCGAUAUGAACCCUUUGGGUUAUGCCCUUUACCUUGGCGCUGCUCCUGUAUUUAAAGUCCUCUAUGAAGAAGGUCAUGCUAAGCUGUCAAUAAUGACUAAAUUUUUCUUGCAAUUAGGAAAAAGACCGAUCGAAGUCCUUUGUGAGCUUGGGCAUCUAAGUUUAUUAGAGUAUUACUUACCCUUAUAUUUAGGCAAUAAAGACCAAGCUGAGAACUCAGACGAUGAACAGGAUAGUGAAGAGCUCUCGAUAUUUGCCAAAUCAAGAAAUACAAAAUCUCACACACAAGAAAAAAGCAAAAUCUCAGCCCCACUCUCCACAAUGACCCCUAUUCAAAGAGCAGUUGAAAAAGGCAGACUUGAGCUGGUAAAGUUCUUCAGAGAAUAUUUCCGAGAAAAGCCAAACGACGAGUUUAAUGUCCACUUUAUUGAUGAAGCUACUGGCGAAAAUUGUGCCUUAAUUUCAUGUAAAACAGGAAAUAUAGAUCUUAUCAAAUAUUUGCAUGAGACAAUGGGCGCUGAUUUUCAAAUCGUCAAUAAAAGGAAGGAAAACGCCAUACAGAUUGCUGCGGUAUGGUCAAAAAAAAGAAAAAGUAAGCAGUUUAAGGAGUGUGUAAGAUACUUGGUUGAAGAAGUGGGGGUGGACUAUACAUAUGAGUUUGAAGAAACCUUGCUUGUCCUAGAAGAUAAGAGCAUUGUUGCGUAUUUGGAAAAUAAGUUACAUCAGGAUGGAAUUUCUGUAAGUAAAAGCAGAGUGGAUGAUAAAUAUAGUUUAUCGAAAAACCGACCACCUGCUGCUGUUAUUGACCCGAACUUAGAAGAAAGAUUAAGUAAAAUAAAAGGGCCGGAAUUUAAUUUUACCGAACUUUUCAAGGAAGAGCUAGAAGACGCGAAUUCAAAUAUAAGCUCGAUCAGUGUUAUCCAAAGUAAAUCAUUCAGUCAAGUUAUUAUGGAUUCUCCUAUAGAGAAGCUUCGAAUGUAA